GUAAGCCUUGUCAUAGACUUUAUACUUUCCUUUAACCAUAAAGAGGUUAUGUACAGAACUGUGGGAUUUAACAUUUGUUAUAAUCUGUGGGUCUGAUGACAAAGAGGUAGUUGUUACUAGUUUUGGGUUGCAAUUAUAUAUUUGUUUUUGGCAACAAUGACUACAAAUAAACCGGAGGAAUCUGUGCGGAAUGGAAAUGAUCAACUGUCAAGCUUGGAAUCUAGCGAGCAUAGAAUUUUAGCACUUGCCAAAGGUUCAGGGAAAGGUAUAUCUGAUAAAGAUAUCCAGAAUGAGGUACCUGAUCUCCGGCCAGACCAGCGUGCUAGCAUCAUAAAUAAAUUACUGGCACAGGGAUAUUUUGAUUUGUUUAAUCAAGGUGGGACACUUCUAUAUAAGUUAAAAGAUCCAUCUAGGAUCCAGAAGGUAAAAGGUGCAGAUAAUGAAGAGAAAAUUGUGUACAGUAUCAUUGAAGAGGCUGGUAACAAGGGGAUCUGGAUUCGAGACAUUAGAUUCAAGUCCAACCUGAUUCCUACACAGCUCAAUAAGAUAUUGAAAAUUCUUGAAAACAAGAAGUUAAUUAAAGCUGUGAAGUCUGUGUCUGCCAGUAAAAAGAAAGUAUACAUGCUUUAUAAUUUGGAACCUGACAGAACAGUGACUGGAGGAGCCUGGUACUGUGAUCAAGACUUUGAGGCUGAAUUUGUGGAUGUGCUCAAUCAGCAGUGCUACAGGUUCUUGCAUCAGAAACUAGAGGCUACCAGAGACUGCAAAGGAGGUCCCAUUGCUGCUCGGAAUAUUUCAUAUGCAUCAUCCAAGGAUGUGUGGAAGUAUAUAAGUGAACUUGGAAUAAGUAAGGUCCAGUUGUCAGUAGAAGAUAUGGAGACAAUUCUAGAUACCCUUCUGUAUGAUGGCAAAGUUGAGAGAUGUGUAACAACAGACGGGAGCCAUUUGUAUCGAGCUGUUGAGUCCUUACUGCCAGCACCAGGCAUUGUCCGCAUUCCUUGUGGAGUUUGUCCAGUUCUACGACACUGUAGCGAUGUUGGAUCUGUAAAUCCUAAGAAAUGUGUUUAUAUGAAGGAAUGGUUAGAGUAAAAUAUUGUAAUUUUUAUUGGACAAAUUUAUCAAUUAUGGAACAAAUUAAAGAUAUUUAAUUACUUA